AUGCAGUUCUCCGCCGUCUCCGUCGCCAUCUUCGCCGUCCUGCCCGCGCUUGUCGCUGCACAGGCAAGCCCUUCGCCGACCCCUUCGCCGACCGUUCCGACGGUCGCUACGCCGAGCCCUGCACCGAAGCCGCUCCUCCCCGUCUCCGAAACCUUGUGCUCCGAUGCUCAGCGCAAAAGUUGCGCGGAAAGCACUGACGGGCUCAACCGCUGCCUUGUCAAGGGUGGUGUCCCUCUCUGCGUUAUCGACUGCGAGUCCCAGACCACGUGCCGUACGCAGUGCAAGAUUCAACUCAAGGACGAGGAGGCCAACGGCUUCUGCACCAUCGGAGACAACCCCUGCAUCUGCAACAAGAACGGCGCUGCCAACAGCAGGAGCGGGUAA